GCGCCCCGCCCCCGGGGCCGCGGCGCGCAGCCGGACUGGUCCAACGGGUCGCAUCCGCGCACCCGGUUUCCAUACCCCGGCUUUCGCAGCGGGCACCGACCUCGUAUAACCGCGCCUCCCGCCCCCUCGCCGCCUGUGCCCUAUAUGUGGCCCGCCGCGGCUGGCAGGACAUGGAGCUCGCCUGCCGUCCCCCGCCAUGGCUCUGGCCGAACAGUUCCUGCUGGACGCGCUCGCCUACCUGGAGUGCGCCCUGGGCUUCGUGAGCUACGUGCUGCUCAGGGUGGUGGGCUCGCCCUACGGGCGCUACGCGUCGCCGCACUCCGCCUUUCCGGUGCCGGCGCGGGCCGCCUGGGUCCUGCAGGAGCUGCCCUCGCUGGCGCUGCCGCUCCUCGCGUGCGCCGGCGCGCGGGCCGAGCGCCUUAACCGUUGGCCCAACUGCAUCCUCCUGGGUAUGUUCCUCAUCCACUACGCGCAAAGGACCUUGAUUUUCUCGCUUCUGAUCCGAGGAGGGAAGCCCACGCCGCUCUACUCGUUUGUCCUGGCCUUCGUGUUCUGCACCUACAACGGCUACCUGCAGAGCCGCUACCUGAGCCAGUACGCCGUGUACUCAGACGACUGGGUCACCGACCCCCGAUUCCUAACAGGUUUCGUCUUGUGGUUGGUUGGCCUUCUGAUAAACAUCCACUCAGAUCAUGUCCUAAGGAACCUCAGGAAACCAGGGGAGACUGGAUAUAAAAUACCAAGGGGCGGCUUGUUUGAGUACAUCUCUGCGGCCAACUACUUCGGGGAGGUGGUGGAGUGGUGCGGCUACGCGCUGGCGUCCUGGUCCAUCCAGGGCUGGGCGUUCGCCCUCUUCACGUUCUGCACCCUGGUCACCAGGGCUCAGCAGCAUCACCAGUGGUACCUUGACAAAUUUGAAGAUUAUCCAAAAUUCAGAAAAGCUAUGAUUCCGUUCUUGUUCUGAGUUCCUGGCAGUGGAAUUCUCUUCGACUUGAAGCCCCUGGACGGUGCUCCUCCAGGGAUUAUGUAAAUGAAUGUACGUCUCCGUGAUUUUUCUGCUGCUUCAUCCUUGUCAAGAUUUGCUCUGGGAUUUUGUGUCUGCCGGCAGAUCUGUAAGCUACCUAAUAACAGGCCAGCUAAAUUGAUACGCAGGUUGAAGUGUGACGCCGCGCAGGUCAGGAGUCAGGAACUCUGUAAUGGCGGCUGGCCUCCUCCGAUUUUGAAUUUGCCUCUGUGGACCAAAACAUUUCUCUACCCCUUAUACAACCCCUGCAGCAAUCGGUUUAAGGGCAAAGGUGAUAUUGCCCCUCCCCCCACAGAGGCAUGUCCUGUCCUCACAUCCCUCUCCUCCCACUAGGUCAGAGGGGCCUGGCGACCCACGCUGUACCCACGCCUCUCGCUGGCCAGGGGAGAAGCUGGGCAUAGAGGAGGGAGAGGCCCAGCGGAGGCCGGUGCAAAGGCCUCUGGCACCUGCUCCAGCCUGGCCCACAGGUGACUUCACUAGCAGGACAAGGCACUGACAAUGUUAAGGAGCAAGCCGUGUCCCCCAGGAAGGGCCCUUGGCUGGGAGCAUGAAGGCGCCGCAGGGCAGCCCUCCCAUCUCAGGUCACUGGCCAUGAGAUGGAUGUUCUUCCUCCUCCUAGGUAGAAUUAGAAUUUUUUUAAGGCAUCUUUUUUUUUAAAGUCCCUCCCAAUAUUGCAAAACCAUAACUGGAAACAAUUUCUUAUUCAAAUACACUUGAAACUCCACGGACAUCAAUGGCAGUAAUAAAUGCACUACUCAUUGCCAGAUGGUUUAAAAGAAACCCCUUGGGCCCUCUGUAAACCUCUAGGGAACACGUGGUGCAGACCCUCCCUGUCCUGGGACAUGGCUGCCUCCCUUUGCUGCCGCCUUGCAGAGGUGGAAGCGGAGGGAGCAGUGGGAGUGGAGUCUGUGUUCACUUUGAUCGCUGACCAUGCUCAGUGGCAGGGUCGUCCUGGGCACCCCAUCAGCCCCCUCCCCCGUCUCCUGCUUCACCUUCUGACCAGGGCUUCUCUCCCUCGUAUUUCCACAUGGAAGCUGUACUCUCGGUGUUUGUGCUUUUUAGGGCCUCUUGGGGUUUUAAAAUUACACGGAAAACUUUUCCUGAGGUGGCUAGGCUUCAUUUUCACUAGAAAAUGGGAUGCUUUUACAGGGAAACUUUAUGAUCAAAUAAACUUUUUCUAACUAAAUAAUUACUUGAAAUCAUAAAACAAUAAAUAUUUCAGAUCUCCAGAAAACUCAGAAAUUUGACCAAGUCUUGACUGGUUUGGGCCCCUGCGCUCUGGAAGGCGUUCCUGGCCGGGAAGAUGCUUGUCUGAGAGCCAAAAGCUCAUUGUGAACUUUACUUCUGUUUGUGCUUCUUUUUUAUUUAAGUGACUGUGGGUGCAAAAGUUGGGUUAACUCAGGCCUUGACACACUGUUCCUGCUUCACCCUCCGGCUCUGGAUAGAUGAUCCACAUAGGAAGAGAUCCUGCUCUGUCUAGUCUGGCUGUCUUCUGCUUGCUGAAAACUGUAACUUAGCAAAUCAUCAUCAGUCAUUAUUAAUUACAAUAAUUAAGGAGUUUAAUAAAAUUACUUUUUAAAGUUUGGUCGUUUUGUUAGGCUUCUAUCUGGACAAUUGUUCACGCUCGACAUUCAGACGGUAGCGUUAUUUUCAGCCCUGAAAUCCUCAUCCCACAUGUUAACAUUUCAUCGUGCCAAAUACUCUUUUCUGUCUCUGGGAAGAUCUGUGUACUGUUCUUAUAAAUCUUGUGCAUUUCUGCUAAGGUUAUUUUUAGAUGCUUGAUUUUUUUUUUUAUUGUGAGUAAGCAUGUUUCCCCAAAUACAUUUCAUAACCAGGAUGAGUCAAAGCUCUUGAUGUCUGUACGUUUCCACAACCAGCCAUGCUGCUGAGAUUAUGUCAUGAGUUCCAGGUUUUGUUGUUAUUCUCAGGCUUUCUAGCCUUGCAGUCCCACCAUUCUCAAACAUCUCAGGUUCUUGUUUUGCAGUAUUUGAAGCUGUUGCUUUUGUUAAUUGUUCGCUUCUUAAAUUAGCAAGAAAUCCAAGAGCAGUAUUGAACAAUAGAGGUGAUUAUUAGGGUUCUCGAGUAGUUUCAACAGGAAUGUCUAAUUUGAGAUUGCUGUGUUGAGCACUCUUAUUUCCUUGCGUGGUUAUUGAUCUGUGUUCUACUUUAGCCAUUGGGAUCAAUUCUUUGCUUUUUUUUCUUAAUCAUCUAUUUUAUUUAUUUUGAGAUUUUGACUCCAUACAGAUCAGAAAUGAAGAUGAGUGUUUGCCAACAGGGUUAGAGGAAAUGGCAAGAUAAAACUGACAUUCUGAUCUUGUAGGUUACUUUCUUUACUAGAUAUUCUCAAAGCUUCUCUUUUUUGUUUGUUUUACUUUUAUUAUGGUAACUUCCUCUGUAUUUCCUAGUUUAUUAGUAUCUGCCCUGAUCUGAUUUUCACUGUUCUAAUUUGGGGAAAAAUUUUGCUGUAUUCAUAACUACUUAGAAGGAGUACUUUUUCUUCUCAGCAAGAGUGUUUUUAGCUUUUAAGACUCUGUAAUAUUGACCACAUUUCCUUAAGUUUAAUCGUGUUCCUGUAAUUAUGAUUCUAAAUAGUCUCAGCUGCAUUUCUUAGGUUUACUUCGAACUAAAUAUUUUAGGGAAACUAAUUUUUGUUUGGAAUGGUGCCUUUUACUGUUACGGAAAUGACAGGCCAGCCAAGAAACAAGCACCACUCGAAGGGUUGGAGUACUCAGAUUUAUUACGCCGGCAGGCUCAGAGGGGCUUCUGCUCUGAAGCUCUGAGCACCUCCGAGAUGUGUGCGUGGGGUUUUAUAGGGUUAAUUACAAGCUUGGGGCUAUUAGCCAAUAAGGCUCGAACAGCAAAACCAGGGAAUCAGUACACUGGAACUUAUCUAUUAGGAACAGAUCACGUUACUGACACUUGCUGAGCUUGGAUUUUUGAGUUAGCUUGUUAGCCCAGUAGACUGACAUUAAACUUCAGGUUUACGAGUUAGCCCAGCAGAACUUAGAUCAGUCAACCGUCACUUACUACACUUAGAUUUAUGAGUUACCCUGUUAGCCCAGCCUGGCUUCUCCUUCACAUUACAACCAUUUGGGGGGAUUUUAUUUAGCUUUUUGUUUUGUCACAUGUGUGGGUAUGAUAGAGAUCAUUUUCUGUGAGAUUUCUUCACUGUGGAGUUCAAGUUUUCCUUCAUAGCCUCAAACCUUUUAUAACAGUAACAACACCAUUUUUAAAGUUUAUGCUGUUUGGUCUAUAGUUUGUUAAUCAGACAUUAAUUGUAUUGUUAAAGUUCUCUGCAACUGUUUCUAACAUGUCAGAUUUUCCUUUUACUUCUAGUAUGUGGGUUCUGCCCAGCAGAGGUCCCACCGAGACGGAGUGAGUGACUCGAGCCUCUGUGGAAAGUCAAGAGAGGGAGAGGGAGUCGGGGACCAACUCCUCGAGCCUCUCAAACACUCUCAUGUUUAUUGUGUGCAAUCAAAGAAAAGAUCACAAACAAUUGUGUCAUGGAAUGCAGGAGCUUAAGGAAAAACAGGAUCGGGUCGAGAUCAUAAAAUCCACAAUGAGUACAAAGGCUUAAUUUAUCUUCAGGGCAGUCGUGGGGGGAGGGCGACAAGGUACAUUCUUCAGAUAUAAGAAGUUGACUACAAAACAGACCACCAGACCAGCCAGUUCCUUGUCUUGGGGCUUACAGAAAGCACGCCCAGUGUUUAUAGCAUUUAUAGCAAGGGACACACAAUGGCUUUGCCAUUGGAAGCAGCCCUAGGCUAAAACCGCAACUAUGCAAGCAGGGCGUUGUCUCUGCUUUUUACGGCAAGGAGACAGACGUGCAGAUGCACAGGUGCCUGCUAGCGAAGCAGGUGCUAAGCACGUUUGUUCCUCCUAAAGGUCCCAAGCAGCGGGGGGUCUGUUACAGUGUAUCAACCCGGGCGUGGGCUCCCACACUAGUAGGUUUUGCUUUAUGUUUUGAUGCUGUUUCUCACAAGUUUCCACCUUACAGUCUGGACUUGUUAUCUAUCUAAGAUACUCUUCCUCCUGAGUGCCUUUUGCCUUGAAUUUGAUUCUUUGAUAAGAAGAUUGACACAGUGCUUUUUUUAGUCAAUAAAUUCAUCUGGCAUUUC